CUGAGGUGGGGGAAACCGAUCUGGUGGCCGAGGGAGGGCUCAGUUCUGAAGAGGACUGGGCGAUAUUUGGGGAUCUCGUUAGGGAUAACGGGUUGCGGGUGGGGCGUCCGUACCUGGAAGCGUUAUCGAGCUUGGUGUAGGAUAAGAAAAGAAGGGUUAUUUUUCGUUUAAGCCACCACUAGGAAAGACAGGGAAGAGAUUCCUCAUCUGUCUCUGGAGCCAUCUCCCAGGGGAGGAAGGACCGUGCAAAGAUGCUAGGGGUCCGUUGCUUCUCAGAAAACUUACAGCGGCCUCUCUAGUAGCUCCCCAAAAGCGGCUUCAUCGGUUUCUGGUUCUGGUAAUGCCGGCAGCCCUGCUUUAUCAUAUUAUUAUUAUUUUUGACCAAAUUUAGGAUUGAUAGAGAAGGAUCUAGAACUGAAGAAGAGAAAAUGAAUUGUGGGUAGGGCUUAGCAGGGAUGAGAGCCAGAAUAAGUGAUAAAAAUAGCCCAUAAAAGCCCUAAAAGUAAACCUAAUGGGGUAUAAGGACUUAAAAAAAAAAAAAAUCUCUUCUACUGCCGAGAUGUGCCUCUGCAGGCUCUGUCAAUGUGCUCAUUGCAAUAAGACUCAAACUGCAGUCAGUCCACAUCUGUGAGCUCUCUGACUGCAUCUGUCACCUGCAGUUCCAAAGAGACCCUUGCAAAGUAGCUAAAAUUGCUGCUCUGCUCCGGUAAUUCAAGUGGCUCAAGAAUGACUUCGUAGGAUUGCAGAAUUAUUUGUUUAUGGAUGUGAUCUUCGUGGUGAAAAGCUAAAUUUUUAAGCCACCCCAAUGGAUGCAGACAGUGACGUUGCAUUGGACAUUCUAAUUACAAAUGUAGUCUGUGUUUUUAGAACAAGAUGCCAUUUGAACUUAAGGAAGAUUGCUUUGGAAGGAGCAAAUGUAAUUUAUAAACGUGAUGUUGGAAAAGUAUUAAUGAAGCUUAGAAAACCUAGAAUUACAGCUACAAUUUGGUCGUCAGGAAAAAUUAUUUGCACUGGAGCAACAAGUGAAGAAGAAGCUAAAUUUGGUGCCAGACGUUUAGCCCGCAGUCUGCAGAAACUCGGUUUUCAGGUAAUAUUUACAGAUUUUAAGGUUGUUAACGUUUUGGCAGUGUGUAACAUGCCAUUUGAAAUCCGUUUGCCAGAAUUCACAAAGAACAAUAGACCUCAUGCCAGUUAUGAACCUGAACUUCAUCCUGCUGUGUGCUAUCGGAUAAAGUCUCUAAGAGCUACAUUACAGAUUUUUUCGACAGGAAGUAUCACAGUAACAGGGCCCAACGUAAAGGCUGUUGCUACUGCUGUGGAACAGAUUUACCCAUUUGUGUUUGAAAGCAGGAAAGAAAUUUUAUAAGUCACCACUUAAUUGGUUAGAAUCUCUAACUGAGCACCUUUUAAAACCUGCUGCACAUUGGACUCAAAAGGAAAACUGGACCAACAGUAAUUGAGGAAAUAGACUCUUUUAUUAAUUCACGGCUACAGUGUAAGCUCCAGUCCCUUUGGAUUUUAUUCCAAACCUUGCUGUAAUAUAAAAGGAAGUUUACAAGACAUGACAUUGCUGCUUUUACAAAAGGACACUCUAUUUAUUUUCGCAGUAAUUCUCAUGUCCCCAUAAGCAGAGCUGUCACAGUGUGCACUACCUUAGAUUGUUUUAUUGUUGUCAUUGUUCUUUUUUUCCAUUUUGAGCUAAUGUGUUUUAUUUGUGAAUAGUCUUUUACAUUUUUGUAUGCUGAAUAUGGGCACCAAAGAACCUGUAAAAGUUAUCUUUUUCAAUUGAAUGUGCACAAAUAAAAGUUUGGAAAAAUCUCUCUUCA